AUGGCCGCGCAAGCCGCGCAGACACAGCAACAAACGAGCACUACUUCGAACAACAAUGCUUCAUCAAACAACCAAGCGUUAAAAAUGGAACACCUGGUCGCGAGCUUACAAGACCCAGAAACGAGAGAAAACGCCUUGUUAGACAUCAGCAAACGGAGAGAUCUGUUCGUCGAUCUCGCGCCGGUGUUGUGGCACAGCUACGGCGUCGUCCCGGCGUUGUUGCAAGAAAUCGUCUCCAUUUAUCCUCUCUUAUCGCCACCGUCUUUAACGAAUCACGCGUCGAACAGAGUGUGCAACGCGUUAGCUUUACUGCAGUGCGUGGCGUCGCAUCCGGACACGCGAGCGCAGUUUUUAAACGCGCACGUGCCGUUGUUCUUGUACCCGUUUUUGAACACGGUGAGCAAAACGAGACCGUUCGAGUAUUUACGGUUGACGUCGUUAGGGGUGAUCGGCGCGUUGGUGAAAGUGGACGACACGGAGGUGAUUAAUUUCUUACUGAGCACGGAGAUAAUCCCGUUAUGCUUACGAACGAUGGAGUUAGGGUCGGAGCUGUCGAAAACGGUGGCGACGUUUAUCGUGCAGAAAAUUUUAUCGGACGAAGUCGGGUUGGCGUACACGUGCGCGACGGCGGAGAGGUGCUACGCGGUUGGGUCGGUGUUAGGGGGGAUGGUCGCGCAGUUGGCGGAACAACCGAGCGCGAGGUUGUUGAAGCACAUCGUGAGGUGUUACUUACGGUUGAGCGAUAAUCCGAGAGCGGCGGAGUGUUUGAGGAGGUGCUUUCCGGAUCAGUUGAGAGAUCCGGCGUUUACCGCGCAUCUGAAGGACGACGCGGCGACGCAAAAGUGGUUGGGACAAUUGUUGGUGCAACUCGGGUAUUCGUUGUAG